UCGUCCCGCUGAGCAGCGCAGCCUCUUAAGUGGAUUUGAUGGAUUAACCUCCUGAGUCCUCCUGCAGGAGCAAACUGAGGAGACACGAGGAGGUGCAGGAGCAAACUGAGGAGACACGAGGAGGUGCAGGAGCUCGUCACGGUCUGGAGCUCGGAACGCGCACGAGGCGCACGGAGCGCACGGGGCUCGGAGCAGAGACUGACCGGCUCCGAGGAGCGUCUUCACGGGGCGACUCAGCCAAUUGUCCCCGGAGAGUCUCCAGGCUGCUGGACACGGCUCAUAGAUGAAACACAACCCGGAGAGAGAAGCUCUUCUUCGGACAAGCAGCGCGUCAGUCCCCGGGGACCAUGUGGGUCAACUCCUCGGACCUGAACCACACGGUGCCGCUGGCCCCGCGUUACAACGUGCCCGCGCUCAUCCUCGGUAUCCUACUCAUUGUGCUCAUCACCGGAGGAAACGUGCUCGUGUGUCUGAGCGUGCACGUGGAGAAGGCGUUGAAAACCACCACCAACUAUUUCAUCGUCAGUUUAGCGGCUGCAGAUCUGAUGCUGGCGCUGAUGGUUCUACCGCUGUUCGUCUACUCCGAGUUUCAGGGUGGAGUUUGGACCUUGAACAUGCUGCUGUGUGACGGCCUGAUGACCAUGGAUGUGUUGCUGUGCACAGCUUCCAUAUUCAACCUGUGUGCCAUCAGUGUGGACAGGUUCAUCGCUGUGUCCAUCCCUCUGAACUACAACAUGAAGCAUGUGGACCGGCGGCAGCUGGUCCUGCUGGCGGCCACGUGGCUGCUGGCCCUGGCCGUGGCCUCGCCCGUCAUCUUCGGCAUCAACAACGUGCCCGGCCGCGACCCCAGCGAGUGCAAGCUGGAGGACAACAACUACAUCGUCUAUUCCUCCGUGUGCUCCUUCUUCAUCCCCUGCCCCAUCAUGCUCCUGCUCUACUUCGGGGUUCUCCGCGGGCUGCGGCACUGGGAGGAGUCUCGUAGAACCCGACUCCGCAGCAGCAUCGACGCCUGCAGGAAGCUGCAGCACGCCGCCGCCGCCCUCCCCCCCCUGCCCGGCACCAUCCCCGGGCCGCUGCCCAUGCCUCUGCCCAGGAUCAUCGAGAGGGACCUGGCCCAGUCUCGCCUGGAGGAAUCAGACGACUGCACCAAGCAGGAGCUUCCUUAUCCUCGGCAGUACCGGGAGAACUCGGUCCCCACGGUGACCUUCAGCCAACUGCAGCGGAGGAAGAAGAGGGCGAAGAUCAACAGCAGGGAGAGGAAGGCCAUGAGGGUGCUGCCUGUGGUAGUAGGUUGCUUCCUGUUCUGCUGGACACCGUUCUUCGUCGUCCACACAACAAGAGCUUUGUGUUUGAGCUGCGCCAUCCCGCCUGGUCUGAUGAGCACCGUCACCUGGCUGGGCUACGUCAACAGUGCUCUCAACCCCAUCAUCUACACCGUCUUCAACACCGAGUUCAGGAAAUUCUUCAAGAAGUGUUUCCGCAGCUGCUGCUGUCUGCAGCUUCCACCGAGGCGCUGAGAGGAGGAAGGAACCUGGAACCCAGUGAGGAAGACGUCAGGAGGAGGAAGGAGUUCAGCUCUGGUUGAACCCACUGACUGCAGAUGGAGGCCGGUCGAUGAGGACGACUGAUCUGAGCACAGAUGAACGUUCUGCCUGUUCCUUGUGAAACGCUGCUCCUGGGGAUGUUGGUUGGAUUUCUGGAGGCUUCUGUCCAAACCAGAUGUUUGAGCAGGAAGCUGCUGACUCUCUGUCUGAGAGGAGGAGAUGAUUGAGAUCUGAGAUCCAGUGAACGCUGUGGAUUCCACACACAGACUGAAUGAGCUUGAACAGGACGACUGAGCUGAGAGCUUCACACUGCAGGGGAGGCAUGAAGAAGUGAAGUCUCUUCACCUUCUCUGCUCUCACAUCUCCUCGUCUUCUUCUUGUGUUCGCUCCGUCUGUGUCUUGUUUGAAUAUUUGAUUCUGUUUUUACUCUGAAGAACUUUGCACGACUACAUCCUGUCAUCGUCAUGGACGGGGGCGGAGCCUCCCUGUACCUACUGUUUAUUGGUUCAGAGACGAGGGCUUGUGACUUCAUUACUAAUAACAGAUGAAACUAAUGGUUCAAAUUACAAUUAAAUAUUUGGUCUGCUCCUAAUGUGCCACCAAGGCUCAUUUUGACUUUCUUCUUCUAUUGUUGCACUGAUGUUGACGUGUUUUGAUGUGUAAAUAAAGUGAAGAAGGUUGCGUCUGAUCCAGG